AUGGUCGACAACUCGGAGCUUCCUUUCCGAUUGCUAUGUCGCAAGUACGGUGCCGAAGCUGCUUAUACGCCCAUGCUUCACUCUCGUAUUUUCACCGAGAAUGAGAAGUAUCGGUCUCUAGAAUUCACCACCUGCAAGGAGGAUCGCCCACUUUUUGUCCAAUUCUGUGCAAAUGAUCCAGAUACUUUAUUGGAAGCAGCUCGGAGAGUAGAACCUUAUUGUGAUUAUGUGGACAUUAAUUUGGGGUAA